AUGUCGCGAGUGGGGACGCCACCGGUGGGGCAAGCGCCCCCAGAGUCUGUCCCGUACAAGACAUACAGUCGCGGGCCUCCUCGCAGUUACGCCAGUCUGUGGCCCUCAGGACCGUCAAGAAACCAACAUCGCAACCCUUACGACAAUCCAACAGGCUCGGUGCUCGACCAUCCUGGCGAUGCACAACGAACGAUCCCGACUAUCAAUAGGGUCUUUACAGACGGCGGACCUCGAACCCUACAUUCGUCUCAGCGAGAAGUGGCGAGCUUAUUUGGGCGGAGCGUGGAGGACUGCUUCAAUGACUCAUUCAGUUCCCUGAGGUCGCGUCGACGGCGACCAAAGACACCCCCGCUCACCCCCGACGACGCGCGUUCGCAAGGGUCCUCAACGCAGCCUCCUCCGAGCCCCCAGCCUCCGGUAUUUAGCACGAACAACGGCUCAGGCCUGGACACCCUUGCCGAUGCUGUGCAGAUUGUACAAGCGAGGGAGAAGUCACCCCAGCCUCAUGGGUGGGACAGUGCCGAAGAAUCGUUGAUAUCUGCAACGCGUGGAAUGGAGCUGGAGAUGCCUAGGGCAUCGUCUCCCCCUUCUCCAGCGCCUCGGUCUCCUCAUCAGCCUUCGGUCAGACCUCCGGAGCAUGUGCGGAGUCCACUUGCGUCCUCUUCUCCAUUUCAUCCCAGAGCCCCAGCGAAGAGGAAAGAUGCAGACAAUCAUUUUCAACUGCCGCCAAAGGAAGUUCUGGGUACGGAGCAUGCGCCACUACCUGCUCCAAGGACGACGCAAAUCGAGAAGCUAGCUUCGAAGCCUCUGAGUGCCAGAGGCGUACCAAUGGCCAAACCUAUCCAACCUUCCCAAGUUGCUGCAGCUUUAGCUGGAACAUCUCCAAGUGUACCUUCCACCUCAGCGUCCGGCUCUCGUCCCGCAAGACGGGCUGCUCGGGCAACAGCAACAACACAAGUGCAGGCUCUACAACAACAAGAAAACAAUCACCCGCAACCACUCGACCAACCACUCGACCAACAGUCUGAUCAAUCAUCACCAGUGUCUCCCAGUGAGCAAGAGAACUACGUCGCCAAGACUGCGCCACAGCACGGGCGGCAGAAGAAGGCGACGACGACGCGCUCGCGGCCCAAGCAGCAGGGUCCGUUCAAGUGCGACCAAUGUCCGGAGGAGUUCACGCGUAACUUUGACCGGAUGCGGCACGUCAAGUCGCGGCACGAGAGCCAGACGCGGGACAAGAUGCUCCAGCGGACGUGCCCGUGCUGUUUUGAGGUCAUGUCGCGCAAGGAUGCAUUUAAGAGGCAUCUCAAGAUCGUCCCGGCGUCGUGCAAGAAGGCACGCUCGAUAAGAGGCAAGCCACCCCCUGUCGAAGCUCCCGAGUCUUUGUAUGAGCAAUGUCGGGCGCUGAAGCCUCCUCUGGCGGUACUACCGCCUGGUUUCGUUUUGGGGUCUUAA